CUUAGUCUGCUCAUUGUCACCUGUUCCACUCUGAUACCUCCACAGCACCCCACCUCACCUACUUAACAGCGAAAACUGAGGACCUUCCUCAGUCUUGUUGCCUUCAGUAAACAUAGGUGCUGAGAUAAAUAUGAUUUCUACACCAUAUUCACCAUAUCGCCAGAGGAACAGGAGUGCGAUUCGAGGUUUGAACUGUUGGGGGCAGUGAAUAGCACACAGCCGGAAGCAGAAGCAAAACAGAAAAUGCAGAAUGUGGACGAAGAAGACAGAGGAAGAGGCGGAAGAAGAAGUUGACGAAGAAGAAGAACACGAACAACAACAACAACAACAACAACAACAACAACAACAUGAACAUGGCUGCCGACAGUGAUCCCGAGUCAGAGGUGUUUGAGAUCACCGAUUUCACCACCGCGUCAGAAUGGGAACGGUUUGUGUCCAGAGUUGAGGAAAUGUUAAAUGACUGGAAGCUAAUGGGAAACUCAGGAGGAAAUAUGUCCCCUGAAAAGGGUGAAUACACCAGUGGCACCUGGGAGGAGAAGUCUCAAGAUAUUAAUUUUGCUGACUUUAAGUUCUACAUAACUCACCACUUCUUGAAACAAGAAUAUGGGAAGGAUGACGGCAAGGACAAGCUUGAGGAAGAUGCCUUCCCCUUGGCAAUGCAAGACCUUCUGUGUAUGAACAAUGACUUCCCUCCUCGAGCCCACUGCCUGGUUAGAUGGUAUGGUAUACGAGAGUUUGUGGUCAUCUCCCCUGGAACCAACUGUGAGGCUAUCAUCAGCGAGUCCAAAUGCAAUCUGCUUCUCAGUUCCAUCUCUAUUUCUCUGGCCAACAGUGGCUGCCAGGUGCCAGUGUUUGUGCAGAUCCAGCAGAAGUGGAGGCGUAUGUAUGCUGGAGAGUGCCAGGGACCAGGUGUACGCACUGAUUUUGAGAUGGUCCACCUCCGCAAGGUGCCAAACCAGUACAAUCACUUGUCUGGCUUGCUUGACAUCUUCAAGUCUAAGAUAGGUUGUACCCUGUCCCCCCUACCUCCAGUCAACAUUGCUAUCCGUUUUACCUACAUUCUCCAGGACUGGCAGCAGUAUUCAUGGCCACAACAACCUCCAGACUUUGACACACUUCUUGGAGGUGAAGUGGGAGGAGUGGAAUUUGGAAAGCUUCCAUUUGGAGCCUGCGAGGAACCAAUCAGUGAGCUUCAUCUUGCAACCACUUGGCCUCACCUGACCGAAGGCAUAGUUGUGGAUAAUGAUGUCUACAGUGACCUUGACCCACUUCAAGCUCCUCACUGGUCAGUCCGUGUCAGGACAGCUGAAAAUCCGCAGUGUUUACUAGGUGACUUUCUGACAGAGUUCUUUAAGCUCUGCUGUAGGAAAGAGUCUACAGAAGAAAUUCUGGGAAGAGGAUUGGCUGAAGAAGAGGGCAAAGAAAAUAAUGACAUCAGCUGUGCUUUAUCUAAGCUGACAGAGCCAGCAGCCACAGUGCCAAUCUCCAAAAUGUCUGUCUCUAAUAUGGUACACAGUGCCCGAAAGCACAUCCGACGCCACCGACACAUUGAUGAGUCACCACUCAACUCUGAUAUACUCAAUUCUGUCCUACUGUAUCUCUUCCCAGAUGCUGCUGUUGAGAAGUCUUCAGACAAUAGCAAGGAUAAAACUGCGCAGUCAAAUGCCUGGGGGAAAGCUGAUCAAGAUAAAAAUGACAAUAACCUAUUUCUCCAGUUGAAGUCAGCACCUAGUGAUAGUCUGACCUACCGACUGGCACUGUGUGUGUGUCUGGUCAACUACAACCAUGGUGGGUUACGAGCUGUCGCCCACCUCUGGCAAGAGUUUGUCCUUGAGUUGCGCUACCGCUGGGAAAACAACUACCUCAUCUAUGGACUAACUGGUGGACCUCCUGAUCUUCGCUGUUGUCUUUUGCAUCAGAAGCUUCAGAUGCUUAACUGCUGUAUCGAGAGGAAGAGGGCCAGGGAUGAAGCUCGCAAGUUCCUGGAAGGAAGCAAAGAGAGAGAGCGGAGAGUGUGGGGUGGCUGCCAGAAUGUUCGGCCCAUACCAGAAUCUUCAACAGCAAUGACUGUAUCCACCUCAACAAAAGAAGUGUCUCCAGGGAAAUCCUGGGACUCAUGGAGCGACAGUGAUGAUGAGUUCUUUGAGUGCCUGAGUGACCAGGGGGAGAUAGAGGUUGCACAUACUCAAGGUGAAAGUAAAGCAGAGGGUAGGCUACACCCCUAUAACAACAUGACCUUACUGAACUCCAUGGAGCCUCUCUACGUUCCUGUCACACAGGAACCUGCUCCUAUGACAGAAGAUCUGUUAGAGGAGCAGUCAGAAGUACUGGCCAAACUAGGAACAUCAGCCGAGGGUACUCACCUCCGUGCCCGGAUGCAGAGUGCCUGUCUGCUCUCUGACAUGGAAUCCUUUAAGGCAGCCAACCCAGGCUGUGUUCUGGAGGACUUUGUGCGCUGGUACUCACCUAGGGAUUACGUGAAGGAGGAGGUAGCUGAUGAGAGGGGCAACACAGUGGUAAAAGGUGAACUUAGUGCCAGGAUGAAGAUCCCAGGCAACAUGUGGGUGGAGGCUUGGGAAACAGCCAGGGUUACACCUGCACGCCGUCAGAGAAGACUUUUUGAUGACACUAAGGAGGCCGAAAAGGUUCUACACUAUUUGGCUCUUCAGAAACCUGCUGACUUGACCCGCCAUCUUCUGCCCUGCAUACUCCAUGCUGCUAUUCUGAAGCUGAAAGAGGAAGAGUCAAUAGAAGACAUUCCAUCAGUCAAACAAAGCAUUAAGCAAGCUACAUGUCAAGCCAGCAAGUUGCUGCAACCCCCCAACCACGACUACAAGAAAUUAGAGGAUUUCAUUAACCAGUUGAUGUCCAUGGAGACAGUCAUCACCCAAGCUCGCUCACUCAAGGCCAAGUUUGCCAUUUGUGAGGGUGUGAAGGGAGAGGGCACAGAAGAGCUGGAGAAGUUUGUGAGCUCCCUGCUGGAAGAACCAGAGGUAGUGGUCACUGGUGCUGGCCAGGGGCCAGCUGGCAGCAUCAUCCACCGGCUAUUUGUCAGUGCUCAGAGGCUGGCUGACUUCACCAGUGACGAGGCUGCCCUCCUGGCACCACUGGAAGACGACUUGGGGCGUGACAGAAGGCUGACUGGAGGAAGCAACAAGGUGUCUGACUUUCCUUCUCCGGCAGGCAGGGAAAUUCUGUUGCGUACAUGUAUCCCUCGGCCAGCACCAUACUCUAGAGCUCUGCCUCAGCGGCUCUUUUGUGUGUUGAUGAGGGAGGAGUUUAGGCUGGCAGGAGCUUUAUCUUCAGACACUUCCUUCUUCUAAUCAAAGGCCAAAAUGCCCAUUUCACAGUAUUUCAUUUAAAAACAUGUUCCAUUCAGUUAGAAACACAGUAUGGCAACUUAAAAUUAUUUACUUAGUUUGCUGGUUAAUGAUUUUAUGUGUGGGCCCAAACACUCAAAACCAGUGAGUGUUUUUAUUCAGACAUAUUACAAUAAUCUAAUCAUUUUAAUACUUCUACAGUUGUCUGACACUGUCAUACUGACAACAGGAACAGCAUAACAUGAUAUAACACUUCUAUUACAAUGACUUAAGUCAGACUAUGAAAAAAAUCUUCUUUAGUCUCAUUUCAGACACAUGGUUCUCCUUUAUGUAAGGUUUACUGUAAUUUAGUUAUUCCUGAUCACAAGUGAUAACAUAUAACACUGUAUGUUUACAUGUUCUAUCCUUGUGUUGUAGUGCAUAGGUUAUUGUUCCCACUUUUGGCACUUGUUUAUGAGCUUUCAUGAAACAUGAACACGAUUUGCACAUGAAUGCUUGUUGAUAAUACAUACAAGGGCACUCACAUAUCUAUUGUGCUCUGAAGUAUAAUUACAUACUUGAUACUAGAAAAAUAAAGCUUUCCUUAUUGCUACAGAAUCCAGUGUGAUCACUCAUCAGCCUGCAUUGAUUUCAAUUUUAUGUACAAAUUUCAAUUCUAAAAUGGCUUUAUUGUGACAAUAACCAAUGGUAGACACUUUGUUGGAAUUGUUACAUCAAUGUUUUGAGCAUUUAUGUUAACAAGUGAUGUCAGCCAUCUGUGUAUGCAGACAAAGUGUGUACAGUAAAUGUAAAAUGUUGGUCCAAAAUGUUCUCUGAUUAAAAAAUAAACACCAUUCUCCUGCCUCAAUCA